AUGACCACAUCUAACAGCCACCAAUCAUCCUCUGCUCCCUAUACUGCAGACAAAUACGCUCGCCGAGCUGAUCAUACUCCCAAUACGGCCCAAGAAGAGGAAGAUAGCUAUAUACUUGCUCUACACACAGAUCCUGAGCAUCAUAAGCGCGUCACUGCUCUCCGCACUCAAUACUUCCCACCAAAGCUCAAUAAGCUCUCCGCCCAUAUCGCCCUCUUCCGCGCUCUUCCAGGCUCCCACCUCGCCACCAUCGAGGCCGAUAUCAGCGCUGCAGCCGAGAGGCAGCAGUCCUUCCCAAUCGCCACGGGCAAGGUAUACCUCCUAGGUCAUGGCGUAGCCAUCGAUGUGAAUUCCCCACCAUCCCGAGCGAUCUACAAUGGAUUGAAGGAGAAAUGGGAGGACUUCCUGAGCAAACAGGAUAAGAGCUUCAAGGCCCACUAUACAAUACAGAACAAAGUGGAAGAUGGGGUCCCUCAAAGGACAUUGGAGGAGCUACAGAAGAAUUUUGAAGGAUCCCAAGGGCAAGUUGAUGGCUUGUCGCUGUAUCGGUACGACAGAGGUCAUUGGCGGCAUAUGAGGGAUUUCAUGUUCCCGCGUUAG